AUGCGAGACGCGCCCCAAGAGCUCAUCGACGCCAUGCUCGCCUUUGCACACUCCGACGCCCCAACACUACGCGCCGCCCGCCUCGUGAGCCGCGCAUGGAACGUCUCCGCGCGCGCGCACCUCUUUCGUGCGCUCGAGCUGUCUCUCGUGCCAGACCGACGGUCCUCCUCCUCCGCUUCGAAUCCACUCCAACGCGUCCUCUCCGUCCUCGAGAGCAGCGCGGACGUAAGGGAGAGCGUGCGCGAGGUUACGCUCGAGUCCUCUCUCUCUAGAUCUUCUUCCUCUUCUCCCCACUCCGCCUCAUACUGCUCUGCCGCCUCCACCGAAGCAUCCGCCCUCGCCCUCACCCUCAUCCUCGCCCUCCUCCCGCGCGUGCGCGUCCUGCAUCUGCGCUCUCUCCGCCUGUCCUUCCCUUUCUCUUCCCCUCCCUCUAUCUCCCCCUCCUACUCGCCCUCGCCCUCCCUCUCGCCCCUCCCUCCAGCCCUCCUACUCGCCCUCCUCCGCGUCCUCCAAUCUCCCACCCUCUCCCACCUCGAGUUCUGGAACUGCGAGCUGGAGAGCCCAGAGGCGCUGCUCGGUCUCCUCAGCCAUGCGUGCAGCCUGUCGGGGUCCGCGACGGGAUCGGGGAGGGGCACGGUAGCGAGCGCCAGGGUGUCCCAUGUUCGCUUUACGCAUACCAGCACCGGCGCCGGUCCGAGCCCCACUUCAUCUUCAAGCGCCGCACCCGUCCCGAUCGCGAAUUCCUUCCCUAGCGCGUUUGUGUCGACGGCUCCGUCCUCCGACUCCGCGUCCGAGCUUGCAUCCGAAGACGGAGACGACCCCGAAGACGACACACCAUCACCAUUCCACCUAUCCUCGACGUCCGAUUUCACCGCUCCGUCCCCUUCUCCGUCCUUUCCGUGUUCGUCCUCGCCAACACGCCAGCACCAACGCCAACGCCGACACCGACACCGACACCAACGCAGCGCCCUCAAACACCUCACCCUCGAGUCCACCCCGCUCGCUCCCCUCCUCGCUCUCGACGCUCAACCACAAAACGCGAUCGACCUGCGUUCCGUCCGGCACCUCUCGCUCGUGCACAUGGGUGGAGGUGGAGAUAUGUCGAGCGUACAGAGCCUCCUGGACCGCGUCGGAGACGGGCUGGAGGUGUUAGACCUCCGCGGUGGGCCCGGGUGUCGUACGUCCUCCUACCUCUCCCUUUCCCUCUCUUCUGUACUGACACACUUCAUUGUCCGGACAGACCAAACGACCAUAACCCGUCUCUCCUCCCAGUCACCACCCCUUCACCUCGGCGCCCUGCCCAACCUCACCACCCUCCGCCUCUCCGGACUCCAAUGGACCCCGACGCACUGCCCCGCCGAGGCGCUUUCUGCCCUCCUCGCCUCUUCCUCUUCCUCUUCCACCCACCCACCAUCGUCCCUCCAGAGCCUCCACCUCACAGUGACCGCCCUGCGCCUUCGGUCGUCUCGCCCUCCAUCUCCAUCUCCUUCUCCCAGUCCUGCUCCGUCUCCCAUUCCCACUCCCACUCCGUCUCCCACUUCGCCCCCCGCAGCCGCAGAGCCCUCCUCCCACCAACCCCUCCCAACCGCCCCCUGGUCCACACUCGGCAGCACACUCGCCCACCCCCACUUCCGUUCUCUGAAGAGGGUGGAGGUGAGAGUGAUGGCUGUGCGUAAGGGAGAUGUCGACGUUGAGGGGUUGGAGAGCGCUCUGGGCGGGUUCGGUGGAGAGGAGAGGGAGGGGAGAGUGCGCGUGAGCGUGGAUGUGUUCUGA